AUUUUGGAGAGGAUUUCACAACUUUCUGCCUCUGGAAAUAAACUGGAACUUUGUGGAGACGCACGAUGCGACAGCCCUGGCUACAGCUGCAAAUACUCCACUUACUCCUUCCAAGAUGAUGCCACUAAGGAAAUCGUCCACUUUGAACUAGUGCAGGUCACAGAGGCAUCAAGUUCCGUGGCAAUGGAGCCAAUGGGCUUUCAGAGAGGCCUAAAUCACCUUCUUUACCUUGGAGUGGAUGUCGGGGUGAUUGUGACUGACAGAUCGCCAUCUAUAAGAAAAAUGAUGCGGGAAAGUUAUGCGAACAUCCGCCAUGAAUACGAUCCAUGGCAUGUCAAUAAGAGUCUAAAGAAGAAACUGGUGACCAUCUCCAAUAAGAAGGACAACCGCGAACUGCGUCCAUGGGUGAGAUCAAUCACCAACCACUUGUACUGGGCAUGCAGUUCCAGCCAUGGUGAUGGGCAGGAGUGUGUGAGACGAUGGCUGACCAUUCUGAACCAUAUACGUGGGAUACACAGAUGGGAAGAUAAUGGACGCGAGUACACCUGCGCUCAUCGACCACUGUCUGAGGAUGAACAAGAGAAGAAACGGUGGCUUGAACAUGAUUCCUCCGCUUUUCGUGCCUUCAGAGAGGUGGCCCAGGACAAAAAUCUCCUUCGAGACCUGCAGCAGAUGGCUCUUUUCAAGCACACUGGAUCUAUCGAAGUAUACCAUAACGUGACCCUGAAGUAUGCUCCAAAGAGGCUUCAUUUCACGUAUGACUCAAUGAGAGCCAGAACUCAGUUGGCCAUCAUGGACCAUAACAUGAACAUUGGCAGGCAACAGGCGACAACACGUGAGGCCUCCUCGCCAGAGGCGCCUGCUUGA